AUGGGCGACACCUCUCUCACUCCCUCCCCCUCCACCUCCCCCAAUCCCGAAAAUGAAUUUUGGAUCUUCGGAUAUGGGAGUUUAAUCUGGAAGCCCCCUCCACAUUUUGAUCGUCGUAUUCCAGGCUACGUAACAGGAUAUGUGCGGAGAUUUUGGCAGGCUAGCGAAGACCACCGAGGCACGCCCUCCUCCCCCGGCCGAGUCGUAACCCUAAUCCCACACUCCCACUGGCUCACCCUCCACGAUCCGCAUUCUCUCCCCCCAACCCCAUCUCUCACCCCAUCCUCCUCCCCUCCAAAAACCUGGGGUGUCGCCUACCACAUCCCCCCAUCCCACGUCGCCCAAGUCCGCGAAUACCUCGACAUCCGAGAGAUCAAUGGUUACACCAUCCACUACACCUCAUUUUAUUCCGCCGCCUCCUCCUCCAACGAAAACCAACAACAACCAAUUCAAACCCUCCUCUACAUAGGCACUCCCUCCAAUCCUCAAUUUACCGGCCCCCAAGAUCCGCAGGAAUUAGCGGAGCACAUCUUCCGAAGCGAAGGCCCGAGUGGUUUGAAUCGCGAUUAUCUUUUGAGUUUGGAUGCUGCUUUGGACGAACUGAGUCCUGAGAGUAGUGAUGAUCACGUCAAGGAUCUGGCGAACAGGGUUCGGAAGAUAGUUGAGAGGCAAGGAGGUGUCGAAGCAGAAGCAAGUCUCACAGAGGUUAUAGAUCAUAGGCUCAAGAAAGUUACAAGCACAGAUGAGCAGGAGGAGACUGAAAAGUAA